GGAGCCCGGCGCCAAGCUGUUUCCGAAGCCAAGCGUGGAAGAAUGGGUUUUCUUUGGACCGGCACUUGGAUUGUGGUAUUGGUGCUCCACAGCAGCCCAAUUCAGGCUUUCCCCAAACCGGCAGGCAGCCAAGACAAACCCCUACACAAUAGAGAAUUAAGUGCAGAAAGACCUUUGAAUGAGCAGAUUGCUGAAGCAGAAGCAGACAAGAUUAAAAAAAUGUACCCUCCAGAAAACAAGCCAGGUGAAAGCAAUUAUUCCUUUGUUGAUAACUUGAACCUGCUAAAGGCCAUAACAGAAAAGGAAAAAAAUGAGAAAGAAAGACAAUCUGUAAAAAUUUCCCCAAAUGAUAAUAAAUUGAAUGUGGAAGAUGUUGAUUCAACCAAGAAUCGAAGACUGAUUGAUGAUUAUGAUUCUACUAAGAGUGGACUGGACCGUAAAUUUCAAGAUGAUCCAGAUGGCCUUCAUCAACUUGAUGGCACUCCUUUAACUGCUGAAGACAUUGUCCAGAAAAUUGCUACCAGGAUUUAUGAGGAAAACGACAGAGGAGUAUUUGACAGGAUCGUGUCCAAACUGCUGAAUCUUGGCCUAAUUACAGAAAGCCAGGCACAUACACUGGAAGAUGAAGUUGCAGAGGUUUUACAAAAAUUGAUCUCUAAGGAAGCCAAUAAUUAUGAAGAGGAACUCAAUAAACCAACAAGCAAGACUGAGAGUCAGACUGGGAAAAUACUAGAGAAAGUGACUCCAAUGGCAGCAAUUCAAAAUGCUUUUACUAACGGAGAAAAUGAUGAAACAGUAUCUAACACUCUAACCUUGACAAAUGGCUUGGAAAGGAGAACCAAAACCUACAGUGAAGACAACUUUGAGGAACUCCAGUAUUUCCCAAACUUCUACGCACUACUGAAAAGUAUUGAUUCAGAAAAAGAGGCAAAAGAGAAAGAAACCUUGAUUACUAUCAUGAAAACCUUGAUUGACUUUGUGAAGAUGAUGGUAAAAUAUGGCACCGUAUCUCCAGAGGAAGGUGUUUCCUAUCUUGAAAACCUGGAUGAAACAAUUGCUCUUCAGACCAAGAAUAAACUAGAAAAAAACGUUACUGACAAUAAGAGCAAACUUUUCCCAGUGCCAUCAGAGAAGAGUCAUGAAGAAACAGACAGUACCAAGGAAGAAGCUGCUAAGAUGGAAAAGGAAUAUGGAACCUUGAAGGAUUCCACAAAAGAUGAUGACUCCAACCCAAGAGGAAAGACAGAUGAGCCCAAAGGGAAAACAGAAGCCUAUUUGGAAGCCAUCAGAAAAAAUAUUGAUUGGUUGAAGAAACACAACAAAAAGGAAAAUAAAGAAGGACAGAGGAACCACAAAGAGGUUAUGGUUUCGCUUUUCACUCCCUGCAUACAAUUCAAACAACAUGAAAAUCAAGAUUAUGACCUUUCAAAGAUGAGGGACUUCAUCAACCAACAAGCUGAUGCUUAUGUGGAGAAAGGCAUCCUUGAUAAAGAAGAAGCCGAUGCUAUUAAGCGUAUUUACAGUAGCCUGUAA